GGCUGGUGAUGAUGUAGCUGAAGUUAUCUUGUACAUAGCUCAGUGUGGAUCGCAUGUGGCAAAGCUGCUACUCUAUAAGUUAUUGGACCUUAGCCAAGUUGGUGAACCAUCUUGAAAGAUUUAUCAGAUUGUACCAGCCUUCAGUAUUUCAUCUAUUACUUAUUUUUAUCUGCCUUUGAACUGAGAAUUUAAAAGGACAUAUCCAACACUUCCUGAAAUGUAUGCAGAGUUACAGUGCCAAACACAAGAAGAAAGAUUGCAACGCGAGUUAAAUAUCACAUUUUACAACCUAGACAAACAACAACAAGUUAUGCUUCAGGGAAUAACAUGUGACCAACACAAAUGGAGAAAAAAGUUGCUAAAAUACCAACUACAGAUAGAAAUUAACAAAUUUAAACAUCUUUUCAGUGACAAAUCGCAAGAAACAGUGCGACAGAUGACAUCCCUGUCUCAGAGUCUUACCCAAAAGUCAGAGCAAGAUAUUCUUUUAAAUCUGAAGAAAGUAGGUGACAACUGUGAUGCCAACCAGAGUAAACGGUUGCGCAGGGUUUUAUUCAGCAAAUAUAUGAACCAAGUAUUUAAUCGAUCCACAGGAGCACGAUCCGUUAACCAGACACUUCAACAUCGCUCCAGUGAUGGAACUACAUCUUGCCAACAAGGAAAUAAUGCAUUAUUGCAGGACGCUACCAGAUUAUCUUCAUUUGGAUACAGUCAGGGUAUUGACCAGUCAGAGAUUUUCAGUGGGAAAAGUGUACAGCUACCAAAACUUGUUAACACUACUGGGAGGGAAAACAGAUCUCACUGAGAAUGAUGUAGGUUACAAGAAACAACAAAAACAAUAAGAAUAAUGACAACAGUCACAUCAAUAACAUCAAUAUCAUCAUCAUAGUCGUCAUCAGCAGCAGUAGCAACAACAGUUACAACGUUAUCAACAACAACAACAAUAGCAGCAUGGCAUCAUGGAUGCCUUCUACUUUUUCUGGGCAAACUAAUGCCUUGUGAAGCAAUUUGGUAAACAGAAACUGCCAGUAACUGUUGUGGAAAAUGAACAUUAAAUGAUGAUGAUAGUGAUGAUGAUGAUGGUAUAUAUGUGUGUGUAUAUAUAUGUAUGCAUAUACAUACAUACAUACAUACAUACAUACCUACGUACGUACAAACAUACAUACAUACAUACAUACUUACAUACAUAUAUGUAUAUACUUAUAAUGUAUAUAUAUUGCUGAUGCCAUAAAAAUUUAUAAACUUUCAAGUGAACUUGGA